AUGGAGGAAGCUGAGCCAAUUCACACACCCGGCUUUGAGCCUACGAGCAUGCAAACACAUUCUCCACCGGAUUCACCACCACACAAUCCUACCUGGGGUGAUAAACCGGCGAAAGAUGCGAAGCUGCCAGUAGGCCAAUUGAAUGAUUCGGAGGUCAGCAGAUUGCCCGAGAAAAUCGAACAAUCGAAGAAAGACGAGGAUUCAGAGAUAGAUAUCGAAUCUAGGAGGAAAAGGAUUGUGGUUGUGGGGUUGGGAAUGGUGGGCAUUGCGUUCAUUGAAAAGCUUCUCAAGUACGAUGUCAAGCGGAGAGAGUAUGACGUGGUGGUAAUCGGCGAGGAACCCCAUCUCGCGUACAACCGCGUUGGUCUGACCAGCUUCUUCCAACAUCGCGAAGUCGAGAACCUAUAUCUGAACCCUAAGGACUGGUACUCUUCAAUGCCCGAAGGAUCCCUCAGCUACCACCUCAACACCCUCGUCACCGAAAUCGACUCAAAGAACAAGUCGGUCAAGACCUCCAGCGGCGAGACAGUCCCUUACGAUGUCCUCGUCCUCGCGACCGGCUCUGAUGCGCUCCUCCCCAAGCACACACCUGGUCACGAUGCAGAAGGCGUUUUUGUGUACCGGACUAUCGACGAUCUCCAGCGGCUCAUUAAAUUCGCCGCGACGCGAAAAGGCACCACUGGAAUUACGGUUGGAGGUGGCCUGCUAGGUCUGGAAGCGGCCAAAGCAAUGAUGGAUCUUGAAGAUUUUGGCAAAGUGAAACUCAUCGAGAGAAAUAGAUGGGUAUUGAGCAGGCAGUUGGAUGGCGACGCAGGAGGCAUGGUUGUGGAGCAAGUCAGAGCACUGGGCCUGGAUGUCAUGCUCUCUAAGCGAGUCGGCAAGAUCGAAGUCGAUGAGAAAAACUCUGUGAAAGGUGUCCUAUUCGAAGAUGGAGAGCGCAUGGAGUGCUCGACUAUAUGCUUCGCUAUCGGCAUCAGAGCACGCGACGAGCUCGCUAGACAGUCAGGCAUCAAGUGUGCAGAUCGCGGCGGUGGUAUUAUAGUCGCCCCAGACCUAUCGACUUCAACCAAGGACAUCUACGCCAUCGGCGAGUGUGCAAGCUGGGAAAACCAGACCUUCGGUCUGAUCGCUCCAGGUGUCGAGAUGGCGGACGUCCUCGCCUUCAACCUCACACAGGCAAAAGCGCACACGCCGCGCAAGUUCAAGCGACCGGAUUUAAGUACAAAAUUGAAGCUCUUAGGCGUAGAAGUGGCCAGCUUCGGAGACUUCUUCGCCGAUCGUGACGGACCCAAAGACAUGCCCGGACGGCGACCAGCGAAGAAAGAUGGUGAGAGUGGACCAAGAGAUAAAGUCAAGAGUUUGACUGAUGGUCCAGCACCUCCUCCAGUCAAAGCACUUACUUACAAGGAUCCAUUCCAACAGGUGUAUAAAAAGUACCUGUUCACCAUGGAUGGGAAAUACCUGCUCGGUGGAAUGAUGAUUGGUGACACAAAAGACUACGUCAAGCUGGUGCCAAUGGUGAAAAAUCAGAAACAACUGGAGAUGCCUCCAAGCGAGCUCAUUGUCGGUGCUUCGAAAGGAGAUGAUGACGGUGAUGAUCUCGACGACGAUGUGCAAAUCUGCUCAUGUCACAAUGUCACCAAGGGUGAUGUGGUGAAGGGCGUUAAGGACGGCUCUUGCAAAUCCAUCGGCGACGUGAAGGCGUGCACGAAGGCCGGCACCGGGUGUGGAGGCUGCAUGCCUCUCGUCCAAACCAUCUUCAACAAGACUAUGUCUUCGAUGGGCCAGGAAGUCAAGAACCACCUUUGCCCCCAUUUCGAAUACUCGCGCGCCGAUCUCUUCAAUAUCAUCUACGUCAAGAAGCUUACUGGAUUCGCCGACGUCAUGAAGGAGUGCGGAAAGGAGCCGGAGUCGACGGGAUGCGAGGCCUGCAAACCAGCGAUCGGUUCCAUAAUCUCCAGCUUGUUCAACAAGCAUUUGUUGGACGAUUCUCGACGAGGACUGCAAGAUACGAACGAUCGCUUCCUGGCGAACAUCCAACGGAAUGGAACCUUCAGUGUCGUCCCGCGUAUGGCGGGUGGCGAGAUCACCCCCGAGAAACUCAUUAUCAUCGGGACUGUUGCCAAGAAGUACAACCUGUAUACCAAGAUCACCGGUGGACAGCGUAUUGACAUGUUCGGUGCUAAAAAGCAAGACCUCCUAGCCAUCUGGCAAGAGCUCGUUGAUGGCGGCAUGGAGUCUGGCCACGCGUAUGCGAAGUCGCUCCGUACAGUGAAGUCCUGUGUAGGAACUACAUGGUGUCGUUUCGGUGUGGGUGACAGUGUAGGCAUGGCGGUACGUCUGGAGGAGCGAUAUAAGUCCAUCCGAGCACCACACAAGUUCAAGGGCGGUGUAUCCGGUUGCGUAAGAGAAUGCGCCGAGGCACAGAACAAGGACUUCGGUCUCAUUGCAACGGAGAAGGGGUUCAACAUUUUCGUGGGCGGGAACGGAGGUGCGAAACCAAGACAUUCAGAAUUGCUCGCCAAAGAUGUUCCGCCCGACGAUGUCAUUCCAAUCCUCGAUCGCUACAUCUCUUUUUAUAUCAGAACAGCAGACAAGCUACAGCGUACAGCGCGAUGGAUCGAGAACCUACCUGGCGGUAUCAAAUACCUUCAAGAAGUGAUUCUAGAGGACAAGCUCGGAAUAUGCGCCGACCUUGAGAAGCAGAUGCAAGAUCUCGUCGGAUCAUUCUUCUGUGAAUGGACAGAGGUCCUUAAAAGCCCUGAAAGAAGAGCGCACUUUAAUCAAUUCGCCAACACGUCAGAAAAUAUCGAGCCAGCAAUCGAGCCAACAAAAGAACGCGACCAAGAACGACCGAGCUACUGGCCUUCAGAAUCAGUAAAGGAAGACUUCAAAGGCCACAAGUGGGGAGAUCUUAGCUGGCAACCUCUGGUCAAGGCUGAAGAGUUCCGAGACCUUCCUACUGGCGAUUCGAAGGCGAUCAAGCGCGGCGACACGCAACUGGCUGUCUUCAAGGUGCGCGGCAAGUACUACUGCACGCAGCAGAUGUGCCCCCACAAGCGUGCUUUCGUGCUCAGCGACGGACUCAUUGGCGAUGACAUCAAGAACAACAAGCUCUGGGUGUCGUGUCCCUACCACAAGCGCAACUACGAGCUCUCAGGUCCUGAAGCUGGUCGCUGCGCAAAUGACGAGCAGGUUAACAUUGCCACUUUCCCAGUUGAGGAGCGCGAUGAUGGCUUUGUGUAUGUGAAGCUUCCGAGCGUGGAGGAACUCGAUGGCGUAUUGGGGACGAGCAAAUUCAAGAUAAAGAAGGAUGAGACAAGCGAUCCAUUCGAAGCUCUCGACAAGAAGCUGAAAGCAUCGCAGAAGGGAAGAAAAGGCUUUGCCAUCAGCCAUCUGAAGGACGGUGUGGGAGAGCAAGCAAGAGCUAGCAUGAUACUUGCCGGUGGAGAACGUGGCGCGGGAGGCCUAGACUGGUGAUUUGGAGCUUAGCAUGAUGAAUGACGAUGAUAACGUAGCAUUUACGAUGGCGUCAUAGAAGGGGCUGUGAGAUAUGCUUCAUGUGGGACGUGUGGUGGUACGAGAUAUUGGAAUGCCGUCCGUGUUAGGCAGACAGAUUGUGGUCCUGUCCGCUUGAGAAGAGCCUCAUUAUUGUUCCUUGCAUGGCAGUGCUAGUCCACAUCCCUUAUUUCAGCUCUUGUAUGUUUAUCGGUUUGGGGACAUUGCACACACGCUCAGAUGAGGAUCUACGAGAAAGGGAUGCAAGACAAUGGAAAGAAAAGGAUAAGCUUCAUUGCAUAUGUACUGAGCG